AUGAGAAAGUGGGGGAAUAUAAGGCUUGAAAGGAGCAACAUCAAGCAUCAGUUUGUGGGGACAUUUGAGAUAUCGCGUUUGUAGUUUCUGUGUGUAAAGGUGUGUGUGAGAGAAAAGCACUUAACAGUGACAGUCUCAUUUCAUGCCAUUGUUUAUAUAUAUAUCACUUCGUUGUUAUAUACUCAUUCUCCCCCGAAUCCAAGUGAUAUCUUUUUAUGAAUACCAGGGAAGAUAGAAGUCAAGAAAACACCAACGGGUGGCUGAAUCUUAGCCUAGGACAAAAUCUAGGUGUCGGGUCAGCAUCAAAACCCAUGAAGGUGUAUACAUGCAACUUCUGCAAUAGAAAGUUUUACAGUUCACAAGCAUUAGGCGGUCAUCAAAACGCUCACAAGAGGGAGAGAGAUGCAGCUAGAAGAUACAUGUCACCAAACAUGAGUAAUCUGGCUGUUAACUUCAGGGUUAACCAGCCACUCAUGGUUCAAGCCCACUCAACGGUUCACACACUGAGACGAGAUGGUGAACCAAGUAUAGCACGGUUUGGUGAUAAUGAUGCCAAUUGGGUCUGGGCCUAUGAUGGGGAAGAAGAAGAAGAAGCGGGAUCGAAAUGGCCUGGAGGCUUUUAUUUUGAAGCUCAAACAGCUUCUCAGCCGUCGUCAGAUCAUCAAAUGAUUGACUUGAAUCUAAGGCUGUAAUUUUGUAACAUAUAUGUGUUCCUUAUGUUUGUACGGGUACAUCGUCUAAUGAGAAAGAUGAGUUUCUCAGUAUACUAUGAUGUUGUUCACUUGUGUAUUAUUCUUAUUCCCUAAGUGAAUAUAUAUCAUACGUGUUUAAGAAUAAGAAGAUUUAUUGCAUUUGCAAAUUGAAAUGCUCUUCGGAA